AAGCGCGCAGCCAUCGACAGGUUCUGUCGCAUGGAAUGGACACGAAUCUCGAUCUCUUUUAGUAUUUUAUUCAUGAUUUUAAUCAUAGCAUAAACUCUUAACACAGCGCACGCGACUUUCUUCCUUCGCCGCUUUUUCGGUUUUUGGUGAAUCGAAGAAGCGCAACACCGCGUUGGCCGUGACCGUGAUUGUUCCAUUGUUUUUUUAGCGAGGUUUUCGCCAUUCUUCGUUGUAAGUGAAAGAGCGAGUGUCAAGUGCUUGAUUUCUCAUAGAUCAUUCAUAUAUAAUUAUGAUUUAAAAAAAACGUGUAAACGAAGGUCUGUUAAAGUGAAAUUGAGAGAAAUCAAUGUGCAAUUGUUAGUGCCAACCGAAAAAUAAGCAGUGGGAUAUAUUAGCAUGAUUCUUGUCAUCGAUGGAUUAUUUUACGCAUAUGUAAAACAAACACCUUCGUAAAAUUAGUGGAGAUUUGUAAUGAGGUGUCGUCAGCUGAUAUGGGUACCGCUACGCCGAGAGCUUCAACCUGCAGGUGCCUUUCGAAUACAUCAGUAGUUCUUCAGCCAAGUAAAAUAGUGUGGUGUGCGGUUAGUGAACGAAAAUCGCCGAGUCAUACGUGUUUUAAAAGUAACAAUGAAGUGUUUAAGGACAUUAAGUGUGUUUACAAUGACUUUUUCAAUAGCGUGGUCUAUGGCUUUAGAUUCAACAUCUCCAAGGUAUCUUGAAGACUCGACGCUACCUCGUAGUAUUAGUAUUGUUAUUGAUAAGUCUCAAUUAAAUUAUAAUCAUAAUACAUCUCACAUUUUAGAUCUAAAUUCUAGUUUAGAUAUUAAAAAUAGUCAAAAUAAUUUAUCUAGUACGACAAUAAAUCCAAAAGAAACUUAUAAAGAAAGUUCAAAUAGUGAUUUAAAUGAAAGUUUACUUUUAUACAAAACUACACAUCUUACUGAUAAUAACAAAUACAAUGAAAGUUCUGAUAUUGUUCAAAAUAGUGAAAAUUAUCAAUCCAGAAAACUAAAAACACAUUCAUCCAAAUUUAAGGAAACCGCAUUAUUUCACAAUUUUAAAACUAAUACAAUAAAAACUGUAAAACGAAAUUCAACAAGGCAUAAAACAUCGGCAAAAUAUAAACUAAACAAGAAAAAUGAGAAUGUAACAGUAAUAACACAUAAUAAGAAAGAACCUCACUCAAAGAAGCCAGUAAAAAUGAAAGCAACUACAUCUAAACCAAUAAAACAGAUGAAAUUGUCUACGUUUGCUCCCAUAACGAUUAUUUUAACUAAACCUACUACUACCAAACCUAGCGCUAACACACCAAAAUACUACAAGCAAAAAACCUCUAAACGCCCUACGUUAAAACCAAAAUUAACUACUAUUAAACCAAAUAAAAAAGCUAAGCCAACUAUUAAAAAUAUUACUACAAAAUUAUCAGAAAAUUCGAGCAAUACUGCAAAUUUAAAACAAAACUGGUACGAGGAAGGCGUACCAUAUCCAAAUCCUAUGCCUGAAAUUAGUUCCAAUUCCCCUCCUUUCUCAAUAUCAGAUGCUGGUUCCCAAAUUCUUAGCUCAACUAUAGAAAAUAGUUUUGUGGAAAAUAUAAUCCCCAGUAAUGUACCUAUUGGAGCUAUUAAUCCCGAAAUAUCUACCAACAGUCCUUCAGAAGUAUUACAAGGAGUACCGUCUAUUUUGCCGCUUGCGGCUAAUGACGAUUCCGAAUCAAUCUCUGUACCAGCUGCAGACUCAAACUCAGAAAAUGCUAACCCUCUUAGUAAUGCCAUAAGCACUUUUAAUCUUGAUUUGCUCCCAUCAUCGAGUUUAAAUCGCGAUGCAAUCGGUGGUGGUAACGGUUGCCCAACGGUCCAUAUUUCAAGUUCCGUUCUAUCGCCAUCGGCUAGACAAGAAUGCUCAGAUUUAAGUUUGGUACUUAAUACUCACUACCAUCAGAAUCAAAACGGACAAAAUGGUAGGUUACCUCAAAUCAGUACCUAUGACGCAGAUGGAGCAGACGGAGUACCAGUAGAAGCUGCUGCAGAAGACGUAAUACCGGAAGAUGCCGCUGUAGCAGAUCCCGUACUUGCUGAUGAUGUAGCUAAUGCCGGUGCUGUAGGCCCAGCUGAUGAUCUAGCUAAUUCUGGUGCUGUUGGUGAUCCUGGUAAUGCAGGGGGUGUACCGGCAGGAUCCAGUGGUGGUUCCAGUGGUGGAUCCGGUGGUUCAGGUGGAAGUGGCUCAAAUGGAAGCAACGGAGGUCUUCCAGAAUUUAAGUUUCCAGAUUUAAAGCAUAUGUUUGAAGCCAUAGGCUACAUCGCACGAGGACUUGGUUGGCUGUUAAGAAAACUUAUGAAUCCUUGGCUCUAUAUUAUCCCAAUUAUUUUAUUUUUUACUGUUGGAUUUAAGUCUAUUUUAUUAUUAUUUCCAUGGUGGAUUCCACUCGUAUUUCUCUAUUUUAGCGUUAAAAGUGACGAACCGAAACCUUCUGUAACACACGUCAAUCAUCUCCAUAAACCAGUAUUGAUUAAACAUAAAGAUGGAUGGUUUUGGGAUGAACACACUAAUGAUUGGAAAAAAAUAGGACAUCGGAGAAAAAGGAGACAUAUUCGUGGUGAAGGAACACCACUUGACUAUGUCAUAAGAAGUUUCAAAGAGAAGUUUUAAAUCAGUAACAAAAAGCAUAAUUGACAUUACAUCAGUACAAAUAUGCAACUAAUACCUGAGAAUGCUUUGAACAUUUUUUGAAGUCCAUGUUGCCAAAAUUAUGGUUUAUUUACAAAAUCUUAUGCAACAGUAAGUUAUCAACAAGCGCUCGAUGUUAAUUUUUAGAAGGAUGAAGGUACAUUCAGGCUGAGUUCAAUCUGAAUUGUUUUUCGGCAAGAUUUCUAUUGUUCAGUGGUUGUCAUGGCCGUCUGAGGACCAGCAUCCAGGGGCUCUAAUCACCGAAAUACAGGACACAACACUAUGGAAUGCAAAAUUGCUUCAAUAUAAAAAUAGAAAUCUGCAUGAUCGACUACUUAAAGAAAUAGCUAUAAUUUUAGGUAUUUCUAGUAAGUAUUUUUUCACAGUACGAGUAAAUAUACGAGAGAUUUCGAAAUUCAAGAUAAAAAUUCUGAUAUUCGUCAUGCAGAUAUCGUCUUCUUUUUAUAGGGUGAAUUUCUACUUUUUUGUCCAUUCUUUUGAAUGUAAAACAUGGUGUUUCCAAUAGUAACAUUAGGCAAACUGCUCUCCUCGAAGCCAUUUUACAAACUGAGAACCUAAAGAACAAGCUCAUAUGACGCUCCCAGCCUGAACGACCGAAUGCAACGUGGACGCGACGCUAACGCGACACGAUACUCGACGCUUUCAGCCUGAAUGUACCUUGACCAUCUUGAAAACUGUCUUGUCGUACUCGGCUUACUGUAGAUCUUAUGAAAACGCAUUGCAUAGGCGCUGGUUAGAGACCGGAUGAGAUCAGAUUUUUAUUUUUUCCCCUACUGACCAGAUAUAUUAUUAAGAAGAAACUGUUAUUAAACACUUACCAAAUUGGGAGUUCAUUAUAAGUUUGAAGACCUCUGUUCAGACUCCCCGUAAUUAAAACAGAAUCUGUCCAAACUAGCCCCCGACAGAAAAAAAGACAAUAAAUAAAAGCAUAUGCUUGAGAGUAAUAGAAUCAAUAUUAACUCUCUUCUAGAAUCAUGAAAAUUUGCCUUACAAUUUGUUGCGGUCAACAUGUCGUUACGACACUAUUUCUUGCAAAAUAAAGCGAUCUUUGAAAGAAUUGAUAUUUUUAGAAAAUUAUUGUGUAUUGGAAAAAUUACUUUAUUAAAUUAGUUAUUUAUAAUAAUUGUCAA